CACACCAGUUGUUCUCCAAACGUCUUCCACUCAUCACAAACUCAGGCACGGGACGAGGACAGGCGCACACACCCACAUACACUCCGACACACGCGCUCCAGCUCCCGGGACAGAAGAUCACAUACAGUAGAGCAGCUCCAGGGGAAGCAAGGAUCUUUGUCCCCUUUAAUCCAGACCACAGCGUUGUCCAGUAUGGAGCUUUUCGAGACCAACCCCUAUUUCUUCCCUGACCAGCGCUUCUAUGAAGGAGGGGACAGUUAUUUCCCCUCUCGCCUGCCUGGCGGGUACGACCAAACCGGCUACCAGGACAGGAGCUCCAUGAUGGGCUUGUGUGCGAGUCUGUCUGGAGGCGCUGGAGUCGGGGUCACAGGAACAGAGGACAAAGUCUCUCCGUCCAGCAUGUCACCUCACUCCGAGCCCCACUGCCCAGGCCAGUGCCUGCCGUGGGCCUGUAAACUCUGCAAAAGGAAGACAGUGACCAUGGACCGUCGGAGAGCUGCCACGCUGAGGGAGAAGCGGCGCCUGAAGAAGGUGAACGAAGCCUUUGAUGCUCUGAAGAGGAGCACCCUGAUGAACCCCAACCAGAGGCUGCCCAAAGUGGAGAUCUUGCGGAGUGCCAUCCAGUACAUCGAGAGGCUCCAGGCCCUGGUGUCUUCCCUCAACCAGCAGGACAGCGAGACGGGACAGCAAGGACUUCACUACCGACCCAACACCACCCAGCCCAGAGUGUCGUCGUCAAGCGAGCCCAGUACAGGCAGCACCUGCUGCAGUAGCCCGGAGUGGAGCAGCACUCCAGAGCAGUGCACGCAGAGCUACAGCAGCGAGGAUCUCCUGAGUGCUGCCGACUCUCCAGAGCAGGGGAGCAUGCGUGUGCUGACCUCCCUCGUGGAUGGCAUCACAGCGGGGGACGGAUCCGUGGCCUUUCCUGUAGACAUUCCCAAAUAGACCCUCGACACGUGCGACUCAUAGAUGCACAGAGUAAAUAACAAAUAAAUAAGGAAACAUAGCAAAAUUCACAAUAGGAUAAGACACUGACAACCAAUUUAAUUUAUUUUCCAAGUUUUCUACGAUUGUUGUGCGUCUGCUAAAUGAUAAAAUCUGUGAUUUAUUAGGACUGUUACUCUGCUGAUCUGUGGGUGUGCUCGUCAAACUGAAUCCUGUUCACAAUGAGGCCUUAUUCCCUUGAUUCCCUGCCUUAUCCUGUGGUCCACUCCUGCCUGUCAGAUCAGGAGUUUUUAGUCGAUAGAGAGAUUCGACGACUUUGCUGCAUGAACACCUUUAAUGACUAGUGUGGAUUUCUAAAAAGUCUCCAGUCUGACAGAGCUACAAAAGGAAUAAGAAAAACCUGUGUUUUUUUGUCCUUACUUAAUUUAACUUUUCCUCUUUUCGAAACCUUUCCCUGAUCUUUCAUUCUUUUUCGUGUGUGUUUUUAAUGCUUAAACAAACAUGAGUUUAUUUUGGGGCCAAUAUGUACCAUGGCAGUUUUGACCAAGAUCUGCUUAAUUUAAACUGGUUAUGAAUGCUAGUGAUGUAAAUACGUUCCCUUUUUCUACAGAGUGGUUUUGCCAUUUUAUUUUCUAUUUUUUUGCUAAUUUAUUUUUGACUUUUAUAACUAAGAUUGUUGUGUAUUUGUAGAUGUUCCAAAAACGUGAUAUUUUCCGUCCAAUUAUUGCAAUAAAGACCAUUUUCAAUACA